GUUUUCGCCCGCGCGGUGGCGUCAAUUGCAAGCCUGACCACCCUAGUGGAAGUGAUUACCGGCGACCCUUUUGUUUUUCCACCCAUAAUCUGGCGGCCUGCUCAGAGAAUCUCACUUGCUUUCCCUUUUCUUUUAGCCCUUUCUUAUUGAUCCCGCCGCAAUCCAUGGAUUCUAAGUGCAUUUCCAACCGAAACGAAUUUACCGGUUUGCCGAAGAAUAAUGUCAGACCCAAAUCCUGGAGUCCAAUCCAUAUUACUGGUCGCGUUUCCAGCAUCUUUAAGGAUAUUACUUCUGAGUUCUUAAGGAAAGUCACCAAGAAACACUCACAUGGGGCUUAUCGGGUUUCACCGUUACCUGAGGAAGAGAACGUGGACUUAAAUUCAAAUGACUCGUCAUAUACAAUGAGGGGGUCUACCAGUCUUCCUUCGGCAAACGCUGUUGGCAAAUGCUCCAACCUUGGUCUGACUUCUGGCUUCUUUAAGGAUAUUACUUCUGAGUUCUUAAGGAAAGUCACCAAGAAACACUCACAUGGGGCUUAUCGGGUUUCACCGUCACCUGAGGAAGAGAACGUGGACUUAAAUUCAAAUGACUCGUCAAGUACAAUGAGGGUGUCUACCAGUCUUCCUACGGCAAACAUUGCUGGCAAAUGCUCCAAUCUUUGUCUGAAGCUUCGCAUCUUAGAAAAGGAAGCUGGCGAGAAAACGCCACAUGUGGCUAAUAAGCUUUUCCUGAUACCUGUGGAAGAGGAGAAGUUACAUUCAUAUGAACCAUCAGAGAUAAAAGUGUUGUUUAGUCCACAACUGGCUGGACCUUCCAUGUUCGACUUCAGUGGCCUCCUCAGUGGCUCGACCAUUCCUUCCUCUUCCAAUUCAUCCUCUUUGUGGAUUUUGGAUUCAGGUGCUACACACCAUGUUUGUUACUCUCGAGCCUCCUUUGAACCCUUCACUCCGACUUUCAAUUCUUUCGUUGCUCUACCAAAUGGACAUACAGUUCCUGUAGGUGGAACAGGGUCUGUUCGUUUGUGUAAUGAUCUUACUCUCCAAAAUGUUCUGUUUGUUCCCCAAUUCCAUUGCAAUCUGCUUUCUAUUAGUGCCCUCACUCAGCAACAUCCCUAUGUUGUUAGUUUUCAUUCUGAUCAUUAUGUUAUUGAGGACCCUACACAAGGCCGAAAGAUUGGGAUCGGUAGACAGGCAAAUAAUCUCUACACUCUGGACUUGAGCCAGAUGUUUUUCGUUUCCCCGUGAUGAUGCUUCUUUCACACAAUCAGAGCUUUGGCAUUUUUCGUUUUGGUUAGCACUUUGUUUUUUCUUUUCGCUGUAAUGUAUCAGAACCUUGGCAUUUUUCGUUUUGGUUAGAACUUUGUUUUUUCUUUUCACUGUAAUAUCUCUUUGACUUAAUCAGAACUUUGGCAUUUUUCAUGUAAGUUUCCUACAUUAUGAAAUGAAUUACAGAUGGUUCAGUUUUGUGAUAA